AUGUUACUCAGAAUUAUUCAUCGUGGAAAUGAACUCUUGACUUUUCCUGCUGAACUGUCAACUCGAGUUACCGAUGUCAAAUCACUAAUUGCAAAUUCGCUGGGUUUGUCUCGGAGUGAUAUCAUUCUCACUGUAGAUGGAACCUAUUUGGAAGAUUCCAGAAGCCUUGGUGAGUAUGAAAUCAAGGAAUUCGGUUCACUUCAGCUUCAUCUUCCAAUCAACGGUCAAAAGAUUUUUUCAGUGAGGGUGGUUAUAUCUCCCGAAGAGGUCUAUUCAAUUCCACUACGUUCUCAUUCAACGGUAGCAGUUUUAAGAUCGGAGAUUAAAAAACGAGUGCCUACGCAAUCUUUCGACCCUCAGGAUGCUUUCCUCGUUUAUUCUCAUUAUAUUCUUGAGGAUUCACGUAUGUUAGAAGAGUAUGGAAUAACGGAUAAUGCUGGAAUAACUGUUGCCCACACUUUUAAUGGUGAAAAGGGAACUCCAUCUGAAACAUAUGAUUACUGCAAUGAUUCCAAAGAUAAUCUCUGUUUAGCUUCAGGAGAAAGAAUGAUCAGAGUCCACUUCCUACUUGCAGAUGGUGAUCCAUUCACUUUUAUGCUUGACCCAACCAAACCUCUCAGAAAUGCCUCAAAAAGUAUUGAGUUGGAGACAGAGAUUCCUCCAAAUCAUCAGGAUUUUAUUAUAUCCGGAGUUAAAGUCGAUCCGAACAUGACACCACAUGAACUUGAAUUAAAAGAAGGGGAGAGUCUUUACUUGACUGAUAACCGUAUACGUGAUAUAUAUCCAUCGCCUCCAAAGAACCAAAAUAAUGAGAUGGUUGUCGUCUUUGAUCUGAGAAGAUAUCGAAUUCGAAUGACCGUUCCUUGUGACUGUAAAGUGAGCGAAGUAAUGCGUGCUCUUCAAGCUCAACGUCUCAUCAAUGGCCAGAGGAUCGACCUCUCUUUCAAUGGAACUCAUCUGGAUCCUCGAAAGCAUCUACAUGAAUAUGGAAUCACCAAUGAAAGCGUGGUCGAUGUUGCUACUGAAUUUCUAUAA